AGCAAGUCCUGUGAAGCAAUAGCCAGGGGCUGAAGCAAACCCCAGCCCACACUCUGGCAGGCAGCCAGGGAUGGGUGGGUCAGGAAGGUUCCUGGUUGGGCCUUUGCAUCAGGCUCAGGUUGAGCAUAAAGGAGGCUCCUGUGGGCUAGAGGGAGGCAGACAUGGGGACCAUGAAGACCCAAAGGGAUGGCCCCUCCCUGGGGCGGUGGUCACUGGUGCUGCUGCUGCUGGGCCUGGUGAUGCCUCUGGCCAUCGUUGCCCAGGUCCUCAGCUACCAGGAAGCUGUGCUUCGUGCUAUAGAUGGCAUCAACCAGCGGUCCUCGGAUGCCAACCUCUACCGCCUCCUGGACCUGGACCCGAGGCCCACGAUGGAUGGGGACCCAGACACCCCAAAGCCUGUGAGCUUCACAGUGAAGGAGACAGUGUGCCCCAGGACAACACAGAAGUCACCGGAGGAUUGUGACUUCAAAGAGGACGGGCUGGUGAAGCGGUGUGUGGGGACAGUGAUCCUAAACCAGGCCAGGGACUCCUUUGACAUCAGUUGUGAUAAGGAUAAUAGGAAAUUUGCCCGGCUGGGCAAUUUCUUCCGGAAAGUUAAAGAGAAGAUUGGCGGAGGGCUUAAAAAAGUUGGCCAGAAAAUCAAGGAUUUUUUGGGGAAUCUUGUACCCAGGACAGCGUCCUAGUGUGUGCCCUACUCUAGCUCAGGCUUCUGGGCUCUGAGAAAUAAACUAUGAGAGCAAUUUCCUCAGG